CUAUUCCUUUGGACUGGCACCUGACUAAAGGGUGUGUGUGUGGAGGGGCUUAGAGACUGUGGAGUGUGUGCAGGGGAAUCAGUGUUCCAGACUGGCACCUGACUAAGGGGUGUGUAUGUGUAUGUGUGGAGGGGCUCAGAUUGUGUGUGUGUGUGUAGGUGUUCACAGACUUUGGGAUGUGUGCAGAGGAGUCAAUGUUCCGGACUAGCACGCGACUAAGGCCCGGCCCCGGCCCCGGCCCCGCAGUGCAGCCCGGCUCCGCCAUGGACGAGCCCUACAACGCGUGCCUGGAUGGGAUCGACUAUGACGACUUCCAGUUCAGCUCCCACAUGAUGGAGCAGAAGGAGCCGCUGAUGGAGACGGCUGAAGGUCCAUAUCUCAUCAUCAUUGAGCAGCCCAAACAGCGCGGGUUCCGGUUCCGGUACGGCUGUGAAGGCCCCUCACAUGGUGGGCUGCCCGGAGCAUCCAGUGAGAAGGGACGCAAGACUUACCCCACUGUCAAGAUCUGCAACUACGGAGGCGUGGCACGGAUCGAGGUGGACUUGGUGACCCACAGUGACCCUCCACGAGUGCACGCUCACAGCCUGGUGGGGAAGCAGUGCAAUGAGGCUGGCAAUUGCAUCGUGACCGUGGGACCUAAGGACAUGACGGCACAAUUCAACAACCUUGGGGUGCUCCACGUGACCAAGAAGAACAUGAUGGAGAUCAUGAAGGACAAGCUGAAGCAGCAGAAGAUACGCAAUAGAAAUCAGGCACUGACAGAGUCUGAGCUGCGUGAGAUUGAGGUGGAGGCGAAGGAGCUGAAGAAGGUGAUGGACCUGAGCAUCGUGCGCCUCCGUUUCACUGCCUACCUCCGUGACAGCAAUGGGAACUUCACACUGCCCCUCAACCCUGUCAUCUCGGACCCGAUCCAUGACAGUAAGUCACCUGGGGCUUCCAACCUGAAGAUCUCACGGAUGGAUAAGACGGCUGGUUCGGUGCGGGGAGGGGACGAGGUCUACUUGCUGUGCGAUAAAGUUCAGAAAGAUGACAUAGAGGUGCGGUUCUACGAGGAUGAUGAGAACGGCUGGCAGGCCUUCGGGGACUUCUCCCCUACGGAUGUUCACAAGCAGUACGCCAUCGUCUUCCGCACGCCGCCCUACCAUAAGCCCAAGAUCGACCGCCCCGUCACUGUCUUCCUGCAGCUGAAGCGGAAGCGUGGGGGAGACGUGAGCGACUCCAAGCAGUUCACCUACUACCCAGUGGUGGAAGAUAAGGAGGAGGUGGAGAGGAAGCGGAAGAAGGUGCUGCCUCAGUUCCCCCAGCACUUUGGUGGGGGCUCGCACAUGGGCGGGGCCGGCGGGGGAAGCGGUGGCUUUGGCUCCGGUGGAGGCGGAAAUCUAAACUAUCCAUAUUCCUCGGGGCUGACUUACAACAACAUCUACUCAUCUGGCCCCCACCCUGUGGGUGGCUACCAAGGGGGGGUGCAGAUGACCAGGGCCACCAAGAUGGAAGAGGAGGGGGAUGGCGAGCACCUGCCUGUGGAGACUGGGAAGCAGCCCUGCCCUCCAGAGGAGAGCCACCGGCAGCAGCUGCAUCACCAUGCCCAGCUCUGCAGCAUGAGGAUGCUGGCUCUGGCUCAGCGCAGCGCCCAUGCCCUGCUGGACUACUCGGUCACUGCUGACCCACGCAUGCUGCUGGCCGUGCAGCGGCACCUGGCCGCCUCCCAGGAUGAGAAUGGAGACACGCCUUUGCAUCUUGCCAUCAUCCAUGAGCAGACGACUGUGAUCGAGCAGCUGAUCCAGGUCAUCCUCAGCAUCCCCAACCAGCAGAUCAUCAACGUGGCCAACCACUUGCAGCAGACUCCCUUGCACCUGGCAGUGAUCACUAAGCAGCACCAGGUGGUGAGGUUACUGCUGCAGGCCCAAGCAGACCCCACCCUGCUGGAUCGGUACGGCAAUUCGCUGCUGCACCUGGCACUCCAGACAGGCGAUGAGGCCAUGCUGAAGACAUUGCUGGGGCACCUGGACUCCUCCGGCCCCUGUCUGCUCAGCACACCCAAUUAUCAUGGUUUGCUCCCCGUGCACCUGGCUGUGAGGGUGAAGAGCCUGGCCUGCCUGGACCUGCUGGUGAGGAUGGGAGCAGACGUGAAUGCCGUGGAGCGGCAAGGGGGCCGGACACCCCUGCACCUGGCCGUGGAGAUGGAGAACCUCAAUGUGGCUGGCCAUCUGGUGAAGAAGCUGGGAGCUGAUGUCAAUGCUCGGACAUUUGCUGGAAACACCCCUCUGCACCUGGCUGCAGGCCUGGGCUCCCCCAUCCUCACCAAAAUGCUCAUCAAAGCAGGAGGGGAUGUCCUCUGUGAGAACGAUGAGCCGGUGAGGUCGUCCUCGUCCGAAGCCAGCAGCGACACGGACAGUGGGCCCGAGGAGCAGGAGGCAGACAUGGAGCUGGGAGAAUCAGACACAGAGCACACAGAUACCAGCACCGCUACCGAGCACAGAAGCAGGGAGCCUGGCACUCGGGGUGCAAGGCAGCGGCGGAGACACACACCGCUUGACUUAACCAGGAGCCACAAGGUGCGGGAGAUCUUGCUGCGUGCCUCGCUGCAAGGCCCGGAGUCAGAGCAGCCUGCCGCCCCCAGGCCAGGGACCAUCCUGUCACUCGACAGCAACACCCUGCAGGGCCUGGAGCAGUUACUGAACCAGGACCGCAGCGGCUCGGACUGGACUGAGCUGGCCCAAAGACUGGGCCUGCGCAGCCUGGUGGAGACGUACAAGGACACGGCCUCCCCCAGCGGGAGCCUCCUGCUCAGUUAUGAGGUGAGUCUCCCCGCAUGGGGAACCCUCUCCUCUCCUUGGCCCCCUUGCCGAGCCCGCUCUCACUGCCUUCUCUCCCCAGCUCGCUGGCGGCAGCCUGGGGGGCUUGCUGGAGGCGCUGGACUCCAUGGGGCUCAGCGAGGGAGUGAGGAUGCUUCGCAAAGCAGAGACGGCCGACAAGCUGCAAAGCACAGAGCUCAAGGAGGACAGUGCCUAUGGGAGCCAGUCGGUGGAAGAGGAGCAGCCGCCGGCCCCACCGCUGAAGCUGCACCCGCUGCCCUCUGCAGAGCUGCUCGGCGAGCCCCCCCACAGCCAGCAGCAGCAGGUGCACUGACCUGCCGGUGCCUCCCUCUGGUCCCGGGAUAGCCCGGCUGUGACUGACACUUUGGAGGGACGGAGCUGCGGCAGGCUCGGAGCCCCCGCACUGCCCACGGAUUGAAUGCAAGUGCCUCUUGGCCCCAGAAUGGGCUGCCCAUGCCUCUUCGACUCUCCUCUGGUAGGGCUGGCCGCAGCCUGGCAGGCCCUGCUGUGCAGAACCCAGCCCCCUCUCUGCUCUUAUUUAAAGAUCCCUCAUCAGGUUUCUUGGUUUAGGUAAAUAAAGGGUGUGACUCC